AUUCCCGACCUGUCUCUGCCAGAGAAGCGCCGCCAUCGCCAUCAUGUCGGCGGUCCAUGACACGGGCGGCCUCGUGGGCAUCAAGGUCCUCGUGCCCCACGCUGGCGACGUCGUCGCCUUCGACGCCGAGACGCAGCGCUACGAGGUCCGCUUCGUCACAGGCCUCGUCAUGAAGCUUCCGCGCGACGAAGUGCUCAAUCUCAAUCAAAUGUCUGUGGCCAUGCAGCAGCCGCUGGUCGUGCAGCAUCCGCUGGUCGGGACGUGUGUCGUCAAGCGCUUCAACACGACUUUAGUUCGUGGCACCGUGCAGCAGCACGAUCCGCACUGGAAUGUGUUUGAAGUCCUCUACGACAAUGGCCUGCGCGACCACGUCGCGGAAGAGUACAUCCGCGCGCACCCGUAUGUGCCCGUCGUCGUCAAGGUCGAACCGCCCGACGAUUGCAUCGAUCUCACUCUCUCCGACGACGAGACGCCAAUCAAAACCGAGCAGCCGCCUCGGUUGCCUCCAUCGCUGGCGCCUCUCGACGUGUUGCCGGUCGCGUACAAGCCUCCGUCGGCGACUCCAGUGGCCAGUGUUGCGCCCACUCCUGCGCCUCCUGUGGCCAAUGUCGCAUCCUUCGUGCCAGCGAUCAAAGUCGCAUCGCCAGAGCACCGCGUUGUCGAGUGGAGCGGGUCUGAGAGCGAUGUGUCGCCACCGCCAAAGCAGUUUACGCGGCUGACCAAAGCCAAGCCACGCCAACUAAGAAAGGCUGGACGACGACGGCGCUUCUCCGAGUCGUCCGACGCGUCGUCGCCUGCAGAUGAAAGCACGAGCGACCAAGACGCGUCCUCCUCCUCGUCGGACGAGGAGGAGGAGGAAGAUCCCAGGGCCAUCAAGGACGAACUGGCUGCCACAUUGUUGAAGCCCGUCGAGAAGAACCGACGAGCGCACUGCCAUGUCCGUCAUAAGAAAGCAAAUACGGAAGCCAUUGACACCGCUCGACGACGGAAACAAGCCAAGCGCACCGAAUGCACACCGCCGCCGUCACCCGUGUCGGAGCCCAAGCGCCAGAAGAAGACGGCGGCGGCGAGCGUGCCAGAGCUUGCACGGCCGCGCAGUAACGUGCGUCAGCUCAAGCCGCGACCGCCCGAUGCAUCGCCAACGGCGAGCAAGCCAUCGAGAAAGGACGUGACGCUGCCACUCGUGACGCCCCAGGACAUGGACACUGAGUUUACGAUCCCAAGGAAGCAAGCGAGCAGCCAGCCGCCAACGACCCACGACGCAAAUUCGCGUUCAAAAGCAAAGUACACCGCCGGCAUCUUCCACACACCAAGUUGUAAGCCCCACCAACGGCCUGCGGAUCGAGCCCAUGGGCCACGUGGUAGUAUUGCAUCGACACACAACACAACGCGCGCAUUCGAACCUCACAAAACGCCCAUGCGCCAGAAGAAGAAGAAGCUGCCACCAGCGCUGCCUGCCGGCUGGGAUACGGCGUCCAACGCCUCGAACCGUAGCACGGCGUCGCAUAUUACAUCCAAUUACAGUGGGCAGCCGUUGGCGAGCCCACGGCCCGUCAUGUCGAAGCCCGUGCCUAAUUUCACCGCCCAAGGCCGCGUUGCUACCAAGGGGCUCAUGCCCGAUUACGAGCUCAAGAAAGUUGCCCUGGCAGCGGAGCGCCAAAAGAGCAGUGCGCAAUUGGCGCCUGCGAGCAGCGAAGGCCGCUUCGUCGCUCUCGGCCGCAAGCACCAACCCAAGUUUGUACCGCGCCGACCCAGCAAGGACGACGUCACGGCCGCGCCGUUCGAGGUCCCAACGGCAUCCCCCGAGGCGGAGCCGCCGCGCUACUUGGCGCGCGAACCACGGCCGAUUGACGAGUUUCGCGUCUCGGUCUAAAGCUGCCGCAUCGUAAGAUUAAGAAAGGCCUACUAGUAUAAGCGUAUGUCGU